GUAAACAAGUCAACGGGAAGCAGCGCUGUGGAGCCACCCGAGCAGCAGGAGUGGCAUAAAGUUUUCCAAAAGCAGUGUGUAAGACUGGUGGAGGAGAACAUCCCAAGAUGGCAUGGGGAGGUGACGUGUCUUAAUAGUGUAUCCAGUAGCAGGGCAGCACGCUGUGUGGAGCCAGUAGAGACACACCAGCGAGAUGACUGAGUGUUUCCUGCCACCCAGUAGCAGCCCUGCAGAGCAGCGGCGGGCGGAGCACCCAGGCGGAGUGCCUCGCACCCCCAGCUCAGAGGAGAUCAGCCCCACUAAAUUCCCAGGUUUGUACCGCACGGGAGAACCCUCUCCUCCCCACGACGGACACCACCAUGAACCUCCUGAUGCAGCCUCAGACGAUGAUAAGGAGCACAGCAAGAAGAAGAACAAGUUCAAAAAGAAGGAGAAGCGCACUGAGGGCUACGCCGCCUUCCAGGAGGACAGCUCGGCCGACGAGGCGGAGAGCCCGUCCAAGAUGAAGCGCUCCAAAGGCAUCCACGUCUUCAAGAAGCCCAGCUUCUCCAAGAAGAAAGAGAAGGACUUCAAAGUGAAGGAGAAGGUGCCCAAAGAGGAGAAGGCCAAGGACAAGAAGUCCAAGGACCUCACAGCGGCCGACGUGGUCAAACAGUGGAAGGAGAAGAAGAAAAAGAAGAAGCCCAGCACCGCAGAGCCUGAGCCUGUCCCUGUGGAGGCGCCAGCCACAAUCAGGCCGAUAUUUGGGGCACCGCUGGCAGAAGCAGUUAGGAGGACAGCUCUGUAUGAUGGGAUCCAACUGCCGGCCAUUUUCCGCGAGUGCGUGGACUACAUCGAAAGCUAUGGCAUGAAGUGUGAAGGAAUCUACCGUGUAUCAGGAAUGAAGUCUAAGGUGGACGAGCUGAAGGCAGCAUAUGACCGGGAGGAGUGUCCAUGCCUGGAGGAGUAUGAUCCGCACACGGUGGCCAGCCUGUUGAAGCAGUACCUGCGUGAGCUUCCUGGCAACCUGCUGGGUCGUGAGUUGGCCCCGCGCUUCGAGGAGGCGUGCGGGCGGCCGAGCGAGGCGGAGAAGCUGCAGGAGUUCCAGCGGCUGCUGACCGAGGUGCCGGCCGGCAGCAGGCUGCUCCUGGCCUGGCUCAUCACCCACAUGGAUCAUGUGAUCGCCCGUGAAUUAGACACCAAGAUGAACAUCCAGAAUAUUUCGAUUGUGCUCAAUCCUACUGUACAGAUAGGGAACCGGGUGCUCUAUGUGUUCUUCACUCACGUCAGAGAGAUGUUUGGUGACGUGGUUCUGAAGCCAGUAGUGCGUCCCCUGCGCUGGUCCAACAUGGCCACCAUGCCGGCCCUGCCCGAGACCCAGGAGAGCAUUAAAGAGGAAAUCCGUCGACAGGAAUUCCUGCUGAACUGCCUCCACAGAGACCUGCAGGCAGGUAUAAAGGACCUGUCUAAAGAGGAGCGACUGUGGGAGGUGCAGCGAAUCCUCACAGCCCUCAAACGCAAAUUGCGUGAGGCCAAGAGACAGGAGUGCGAGAGUAAGAUAGCACAAGAGAUCGCCAGCCUGUCUAAAGAAGACGUAUCCAAAGAGGAGAUGUCUGAGAAUGAAGAGGAAGUGCUUAACAUCCUGUUGGCUCAGGAGAAUGAGAUCUUGACGGAGCAGGAAGAGCUGAUCUCUCUGGAGCAGGUCCUGCGCAGACAAAUCGCCACAGAGAAGGAGGAGAUUGAACGACUGCGUGCUGAGAUUGCUGAUAUUCAGAGCCGGCAGCAGGGCCGCAGCGAGACAGAGGAGUACUCGUCUGACAGUGAGAGCGAGAGUGAGGAUGAAGAGGAACUGCAGAUGAUCUUGGAGGAUCUACAGAAACAGAAUGAAGAGCUGGAGAACAAGAACACCCACCUGAACCAGGCCAUCCACGAAGAGCAGGAAGCCAUCCUGGAACUGCGCGUCCAGCUCCGCCUCCUCCAGAGCCAGAAGCUUCAGCAGGAGCUCACAGCUCCUCCCACAGCAGAGCAGGCCCCUCCUGUACAGCCCAGCCCUGAAGAGCGAUCCAGGGUGGAAGAGCCAAUUAAACGCAGCGCACCCGCUGCCAUAACAGCCCCGGGAGAUGCCACAGCAACUCCUUCUGCAGCUCCAGCCAAUGGGAAGCCUGGAAAGGACACUUUAAAACCUUCACCUAGUAAAACGUACACCGCCAGUCAGAAUCCACCACUGUAAUUUAAAUGCCCCACUGGGUUCUCUUCCUUUUUCCUGUAUGUCGUGUGACAUUAGCCUCUAGCAUCACCUGCAGGCGUCUGCUGAGAGUUCAGUGAAGCUGAACUGAAUUUUCGGGACCACAAACUUUAGAAGCUUUAGGAAGGCAAGUCAUUGGAUCAAGUUAUUGAUCAGUCAACCAAUGGCAGGUGAGCAGGGGUGCCUUUUUUUGUUUGUUUGUUUGUUUUUUCUUUUGUUUUUGGGAGAGAGAGGUCAUAGUGCCCUAAAGGACCUUUUUUAAUCCUAAAAAGAAGCCAAAAGGAAGUUUCUUUACAAUGAGAUCUCCCUGUGUUUAAUGUCUUAAAACCGUGGUCUUCAGCUCUGCCCCUGUAUAGCUGUAAUCUUAUCUUAUGCUCCUUUUCAGCUAUGUCGGAAGUCAGAUGUUGAUAUUUGAAUUUAAACAUUAAGAUAAUUGUACACCAAAUCACUUUGGAGUUUAAUACAACUGGCUUGACAAUCAUUUACUGGUGUGAAAAUUAUAGUGAAAAUUUGUCCAAGCCAAAAUAUGUCCCAGGUUAGCAUUGUUAGCAUAGAUUAUACAGUAUUUUGCACAUGUCUACUGAUAUUAGUGGGACAGUAGUGAGUGCACAAUUGAGUUAGUGAGACAAAAUUGAUAAAGAAGUGGUAAUAAACUGUACACUAUUAUUCCAUUAUCUUUCCUAAAUUUCCGGGUAGGAAAUCUAACUUUUGGGGCUGUUACAGUUCAAAUUUACUGCUUUAACUGCUUUAAAUUACAAGAUGCGAGUUUAAAUGUAAUAAAGCAUAAGGCGCCGAUACUAUGACCCAAAGAUCUGAGGUUUGAACCACUUGUCAUUCUGCUUGAGCCUGAAAGAGCUCUCCUGACUUUUUUGAAAUUCUUUAGAAAUUCCUACUUUAAAAUGGACAAUUUUGAUAUUUGAGACGUCCAAAUGGAACACCGCUUAAAUCCUGCCUUUAAAAGUCCUUAAACUAGCUUGGUGGGUCUCCAGGAGGAGAACAGAAGACCACUGUCUUAAGACAGCUAAGGAUUUCCAUUAUGCUUCAAAUAAUAAAUAAUUAUGUGAAUGUAUUUUAAACGAAAAGUUAACUCUCCUCAUUGAGGUACACUCCUAAAAAUAAAGUUACUACAAGUGGUUCUUUUAAUUAAUGCCACAGAAACAAACAAACAAAAAAAACUUAUAAUUUAACUUUUAAAAAUCACAUCUCUACUUAGAACCAUGUUUGUAACAAAGCCAAGCAAAGUGGUUCUAUUCUAUGACAUCAAUCUAAGAAACGGUGAAAAAUCUUUGUUUUUAGGAGUGUAUUGACUUAAAAAGAGGAUUUUUGUGGAGAAUAGUGGUCCCAAUAUGCUCUUAUUCAAGUGAACAGAAGAGGUGUGUGUGUAUGCAUGUGUGUGUGUGCGUGAGAACCAGAUUAAGAUAUGAAACCACUGUGCCAUAUGUGAGUGAAUGCAACCAUACUGAAGUUUUUCAUUGAAGAAACUGUUGAGACAAAGACGUUAAGAUGCUAUAUUGCUAUAUUAUAUAUUUAGGGAAAUAAAUGACAGAGGGUAAUUUGUAGUAAUUAAUUAUGAUUAAUUAAGUAUGCCAUUUAUUUGGUUUUAUAUGAAUAUAUGCAAAGGUAUACAAAUCUACAAGUCCUCAAAUAGAAGCAAGCGAAUAGAACCAAUUUAAGCAUGAUUUCUAUUUAUUUUAUUUUAUUAUUAUAUUGGAGUAAAAAAAAAAAUCAAACAUAUCAAAUUUGCCAUAAUCUUAAUAAAUGCCACAUUAUUAUGUUUUCCUGCUAAUCUUUCUUUUAAUGUUUAGUCAAUGGCCAAUACAGAUCUGUGUAAACUGUGUAAAACUCAUUCUACACUUUAAGACCCCGUUUACACCUGAUUACUUCAUAUUGAGUCUUGAGUAUCAGGAUUAUAUCUGGAUUAGGUCAAAUUGAGUGUAAACAAAUACAAAUCUGAUCACUCAAACCACUUCAGGGGGUGAUCUGAGACUCAUCAGAGCCACAUGUUAUAGCAGUGUAAACACAUCUGUCUCUCCAAGACAAAUUCUACAACCAAAACUCCUCCCACUAGAACCGAACCAGUAAUGAUUGCCAUGCCAUGAACAAAUUUGCAUAUUCCAUCCAACAGUCUGUCACAGCCAAUCAAAUUUCAGUAUGACUAAUCGAAUACACAUAUACAUCUACCAAGUGUAAACAUGUGGCUAAAAUCUAAUCAGAAUUCAAUCCAGAUACUUGUCACAUCAUGUAACCAGGUGUAAACGGGGUCUUAGUCAUGAUAAAGCACAAAAAGAGUAUUUUUGAUGGACGAUAGAAAGCUUUAUGUUUUGACUGAGAAAGAUUAAGGUGAAUCGUGGUUACACUGUAGGGCUGUGGUGUUUAUAUAAAUAUAUUACACCUAACAACAUGCAUAGACAUGUUUUUGUUCAUUAAAUGAAUAUAGAUAGAUUGAUAUAUGGCAAUUAACUCCAGUUUGUUACCAGUGCAUUAACCAUGGUCACGACAUUAUCAGAAUAAUCUACGGGAUGAGUACAACAACAACCCUGUUUGUCUGAAGUCAUUGUUUAGUUAUGAAAUUAAUUAUGAAGUUGUUUAAAUAAAUAAUAUUACUUAUUUUGUGAUUGUUUAGGGGGAAACUCCCCCAAAACAUGUUCUCCUGGCACACUGAGAAUGGUGUCUUUUUCUCUAAACGCUACUUCUGCUUAAGCUUUCUUUAUCUGUGUCUUUUUUUUCUCACUUUCUUUUCCAUCAGUUGAGAAGUUCUCUAUAUCUGCAGUUCUGAAUACUGUUAACUGUUUUCCUUUGUACUCCAUUGUGUGUGGAUAAGCUUCUUUUCUAAAAUGACUGAUUGCAAAGACAAAUCUACUCUCUCUAAAAUUAUUUUUCAUGCUUGUUCAUGUUUUGUCUGUUGUUUUUUUGUAGCUCUUUGUCCUUGCUAGAAGAAUGAUGCUGUACUAAGUAAUAAAGUGUCUGGAAAUCAA